AUGAUGGGAGCACAGGCCAUUCCACAGCCGCCGCCGGUGACGCCGGCGCAGCGCUUCCCCGUCUCCCGGAUGCCGCUCACCGACAAGCCGGACUUCCGGGAGGGAUCGAUGUUGAAGGAAUAUGACAAGCAGGGCCGCGUUGUGGGCCGCUUCCGCUGCGGCAAACUUCUGGGCCGCGGCGGCUUCGCAAAGUGCUAUGAGGUGGAGCAGGAUGCCAUGUCGUACGCCCUCAAGGUCAUUGAGCGCUCCAUCCUGCAGAGGACAAAGACGUUGCAGAAGUUACACUCGGAGAUCUCUAUUCACCGCCGAAUGAAGCAUAAGAACAUCGUCAACUUCAUCCGAACCUUUCAGGACGACUGGAACGUGUACAUCCUGCUGGAGAAGUGCAGCAACCAGACACUCAUGGAGCUAUCAAAGCGCCGCCCACGCUUUAGCGUGCCUGAGACGCAGUACAUCAUGCUGCAGUCUCUCUCCGCGAUUCAGUACAUGCACGAUCAGUGCAUCAUCCACCGAGACCUCAAGCUGGGCAACAUGAUGAUGGACGCUGAUAUGAAUGUAAAGGUUGGAGACUUUGGUCUCGCCGCCGAGUUGCAGUACGAUGGCGAGAGGAAGCGCACCAUCUGCGGCACACCAAACUACAUUGCACCUGAAAUUAUUGAGGGAUCGCGCGAGGGCCACAGCUACGAGGUAGACAUCUGGUCCCUCGGUGUCAUUCUCUACACGCUGCUGGUUGGAGAGCCGCCGUUCCAGACCUCCGAUGUGAAGGCAACGUACCGCCGCAUCAAGCAGUGCCGUUAUGAGUUUCCCCCACGUGUGGUAGUGCCGGAGAGCGGCAAGGACCUCAUCCACUGCAUUCUGCAGAGCCGUCCCGAUCACCGACCGACACUAAUAGAGAUCCGCACCCACCCAUUCUUCCGCAACCCAACCCCACCUGUUACCGCACCGCUCUCGCUGUUUUCCACCUCCCGCCGCCGCAUAGAAGGCGAGGGGCAGGAUCAGCAACAACUACAACAACAACAACAACAACACCCGAACCAGCAGCAGAAGCAGCACCAAGAGCAGCAACCGUAUCAGCGGCAGCAGCCGCUGCAACGGAAGGAAUUGGAAGGUGCUUUCGGAACCCCUCUGUGUGCGGAGGUUGUGCCUAUUUCGCAGGGACGGCGCGAGGUGCUGCGGCCGAUCAGCACCAACACCAUGCCAACAUCACGCUACGCGCCACAGUCCACCACCCCAUCCCCGGCUCCUCUUGGCAGUGGUGCCCCUCAUAACAACGUUUUAAGCAGGCACGCCAGCAACAACGUCUUGUUUGGUGGGGCGCCCCGCCAAGACGCCGUUCGCCCGUCACAAUACGAGACACCCGAGGUUGACACGGCGUCGUCAAAUCCACGCGCAUCACAGUACCAGCUAGAUGAGGAGGAAAAGAAUCACCUCACGGCUGUCCACGACCAUCUGCAUCAGACACUGCUCGAGGCGGUAGAGCACCAAGGCCGCGAGAAGCCGUACGUGCAUGCCUCGACACCUGCAGCUGGUCCAACGACGAUGACGGAGGAGGAAGAUGAGAAGGCGUCCUGCAAAUUCCCGUUGCCGCCUGUGUGGGUGACGGACUACGCCGACUUCUCCGCCAAGUAUGGGUUGUGCUACCGCCUCAACACGGGUCACACCGGGGUGCACUACAACGACUCCACCAAGAUGGUCUGGGAGCCCAUCACAGGCCGCGUUGAGUACUACGCGCGCAUUAAGGAGACCGUCACACGCAAUGGCACCAACGUAGUGCACGCACGGGACCAGCGCCAGGCAUUUCACAUGGAGACAUUCCCCGAGAGCCUUAACAAGAAGGUGACGUUGAUCAAGUACUUCAAAUCGUACCUGACGCGUGCCCGCAGCGUGCGGGAGGGUGUUGACGUGGUACGCUGCUCGCCAUACAUUUCACAAGCUCCGGUGCUGCUCAGCGAGCCACACAUGAUCGAGGAUAUCGUGUACGUCAAGCGCUGGCUUCUGACGCCUCAGGCAAUGAUCUUCCGUCUGUCAAACAAGACUAUUCAGGUCUGCUUCCACGACAAGGCGGAGGUGAUCCUCAGCUCCGAGUCGCGCAUCGUGACGUACACGGACGCCAAUGGCCGCCGUGUCACGAUGGCGCUCUCGGCGGUGACGUCCCGCUCGAGUGAGAUCGCCGCUCGGCUGCGGUACACAAAAGACAUUCUCUGCGAGCUUAUCCAGAACCGCGAGCUGUAG